AAUAGAGACCCUCCGUGCUAGCACGACUCGUCGCUUAAGCGCCUCCGCGGUCUCAGGAAUGUCAACUAUUCAACAUGGAGGCGGAGGUCGAUAAGCUGGAACUGAUGUUCCAGAAAGCUGAUUCUGAUUUGGAUUACAUUCAAUAUAGGCUGGAGUAUGAAAUCAAGACUAAUCACCCAGAUUCAGCAGGAGAGAAAAAUCCAGGUGAAAUUUUAAAGGAAUUAUCAGCAAUAAAGUCUCGAUAUCAAGCUUUGUGUGCACGUUUUAAGCCACUUUCUGUUGAGCAAAAAGAGAACAAGAGCCGCAUUUGUGCUACUCUGAGCAAGACAAUGACCAUGGUACAAGAACUACAAAAGCAAACAGACCUGGAGCUGACUCUACUGACUGAAGAGGAGAAAGCUGUGACAGAGCAAUUAAGAUCUCACAUGCCAGACUUAUAAAGACACGGAGUUUUAAAACGGAACUCUAAUGGAAAAAAGAUCCAUUCCAAAGAGAUUCAGCAAGAUGUUGUAUUAAUGCUUGGUCUCAUUAAUUCACCAAGGGGUGGGAGGCUGAUAAAGAAGAUUGAGAUUUUCCUUGAGUGUCAGAAUCAUAUGAGAGGAAAUUGUAAGAACUGUAGAUUAUCUUAUGAAUAAAAGCCAAAAGGUAAGGAGAUUUAAAUGCUGAUGCCCACAGUUAAUUUUGUGGCAUUACAUACAAGUAAUGAAAUCCCCUAAUACUAUUUUUAAUCUGUUUUCUUUUUGUAUGGUUGGGAUAAUUUGAGAUGUUUUGGGAUUUUGUAAAAGAAUAUUCAAGUACAUUUUCAAUCAGUAUGUGAAUGGGAAAAAAUUUUGUAUAUUAUAAUUACUCAGGUGUUGUUUGUUUUUUGAGACAGGCUCUCACCAUGUAGUUCUGGCUAGCCCUGGAGCUCACUAAGGAGUCCAGACUGGCAUGAAUCCUAGAGAUGCCUGCUUCUGCUUCUGAGUACUGGGGUUAAAGGCAUACACCAUCACACUGGGCAUUGUUUCUUUCUCUCUCUCUGAGACAAGGUCUUAUUAUUACAGACUGGCCUCAGAAUUGGUGUUGCCAAGGAUACUCUUUUACGUUACUACCUCCCGGCCUGUAUAAUCUGGCCUACACCCGAGUGUUGGGAUUCCUAGUGUGAAUCACCACAUCUGGUUUAGGUCAUACUAGGGAUCUACCCAGAGCCUUGUGCAUGCCAGGCUAGCACGGUACCAGUCAAGCCACAUCCUCAACCCUGUAAUUUCCAUUUUGAAAAUUCCCACUACAGAUGAUAGCAUAUUUCUGUUGUGUGUCUAUGAUGUCCAGUGUUUCACGAAACCUAACUAAUAUAAUUAGUAGGCUGCUUUGUGAAAACUUUUGUUUUUCCCUUUCUUCCCAUUGCUUGCUAAUAAUAAAUGAGCUGUUUUCAAAUGCUGUUUUAAACUGUUAAUCUAAUAUUGCGAUAAUGUUUACCUUUAGUCUAAUUUUGUAGUUGGUCAUUCUAUAUGACUGGUAAAACACUGAAAUAAUUAAAGACUUAUU